CUGCGGGUCGGACUAUCAGCACCUUUAACGCUAAACCCGAUGGAGCUGCUUAUAUCACCGUAGACUAUUCGGGCAUGGAAUCAGAUGGAAAAUGAGUCCAGUGCAUAAACUGCACUCAGCACGAUCUUAACACUGAGGAACUUUUUUUCUGGCGUCGCGUUGGAUUUGUUCUUAUACUUAAACUGUGGCUUGAACACGGGAACUCAAAAUGAGUAACAUCUACGAGUCUGCUGCCACCACGCUGGGCCUCUUCAACAGCCCAUGUCUGACAAAAGUGGAGCUCCGUGUGGCCUGUAAAGGAAUAUCUGACAGAGAUGCUCUGUCCAAACCUGACCCCUGUGUUGUCCUCAAGGUGCAGUCCCAUGGACAGUGGUUUGAGGUGGACCGGACAGAGGUGAUUCGCAGCAGCAUCAGCCCGGUUUUCUCCAAAGUCUUCACCGUGGACUACUAUUUUGAGGAAGUACAGCGCCUUCGUUUUGAACUGCAUGAAAUCAGUGGCAACCAUAAUGGACUCAAAGAGGCUGACUUCCUUGGCGCCAUGGAGUGCACACUCGGACAGAUUGUAUCACAGAGAAAACUCUCCAAAGCUUUACUGAAGCAAGGAAACACAGCUGGAAAAUCAUCUAUCACAGUCACAGCUGAAGAGCUGUCUGGGAAUGAUGAUUACGUGGAGCUCGCUUUCAGUGCCAAGAAACUGGAUGACAAGGACUUUUUUAGCAAGUCGGAUCCAUUUCUGGAAAUCUUCAGAGUGAAUGAUGAUGGCACAGCAUCACUGGUGCACAGGACAGAGACCAUUAUGAACAAUCUCAGUCCUGUCUGGAAAUCAUUCAAAGUUUCUUUAAACACACUCUGCAGUGGAGACCAUGAGCGGGAGUUAAAGUGUACAGUAUGGGACUGGGAUUCAAAUGGCAAACAUGACUUCAUAGGAGAAUUUCAAACCACUUUCAAGGAGAUGAAGGCGGCCAUGGAUGGGAAGCAGACCCAGUGGGAGUGUAUUAAUCCUAAGUACCAAGUGAAGAAGAAGAAUUACAGAAAUUCUGGAAUGGUAAUUCUUACUCUGUGCAAGAUCAUUAAGAUGCACUCUUUCCUGGAUUACAUCAUGGGAGGAUGUCAGAUUCAGUUCACAGUGGCGAUUGAUUUCACUGCCUCAAACGGCGACCCUCGAAACAGCUGCUCCCUCCACUACAUCCACCCUUACCAGCCCAACGAGUACCUCAAAGCACUGAUCGCUGUUGGGGAGAUCUGCCAGGACUACGAUAGCGACAAAAUGUUUCCCGCUUUUGGCUUUGGAGCCCAAAUCCCACCAGACUUCAAAGUUUCUCAUGAUUUUGCUGUCAAUUUUGAUGAGGACAACCCUGAAUGUGCUGGUAUACAAGGUGUUGUUGAGGCUUAUCAGAACUGCCUCCCAAAAAUCCAGUUGUACGGUCCCACUAAUAUUGCUCCCAUCAUCCAGAAAGUUGCCGACUCUGCCUCCGAGGAGAUGCACACCAAAGAGGCCAUGGAAUACUUCAUACUGCUAAUCCUGACGGAUGGAGUGAUCACAGAUAUGGCAGAUACACGGGAGGCCAUCGUCCACGCCUCUCACCUGCCCAUGUCCGUCAUCAUUGUGGGCAUAGGCAGCGCAGAUUUCAGCGACAUGCAGAUGCUGGACGGUGAUGAUGGAAUCCUCCGCUCUCCUAAAGGAGAACCCGUCCUGAGGGACAUCGUGCAAUUUGUGCCCUUCCGCAACUUCAAACAUGCCUCUCCUGCAGCGCUGGCUAAAAGUGUGCUGGCUGAGGUUCCCAAUCAAGUGGUGGAUUACUACAAUGGAAAAGGCAUCAAGCCCAAAUGCCUGUCGAACUUUGAGUCUUCCAGAGGGAUAAGUCCCUGAACUACGCACAGCCAUAUUCGUCUCAACAUCAAGAUAACUUCACUGAUCAUUUCAGAGCUUGCUGUAUCAGUAUCAGAAUCGAAAAGCAGGUUCAUCCUUGUUGUUGUUUUUUUCACUCAGGUUUCCAGUAGCAUUGGGCAUAAAUGUCCUUAGCUGUCCAUAUUUUUUAUGCAGUUGUUAGUUUUAUUAAAGGUUCACUCAGUCAUUUUUGCUUUGCAUUCCCUGGCUAAUAUAGCUAAUAUGGUCUUGGACUUAAAGUCUCCUUUAUCGUCUUCGUUAGAAGGCCCACCACCCAUGCUGAAAACAUUGGUUUGAAUCUCGCUCGGAGCAAGAACAAGGAGAGUACAACCAGAGGGGUUAUGUUGGUGCCGUGACCCGGGUGAUUUUAAACAUUGUAUAAAUAAUUAUAUGUUAAAUGUGGUUGAAAUCACUGAAUGCACCUUUAACCUAACAAUUAGUUUCCUUUCAUUGUAACUAAGCCAAUCUGCCAGCACCUUUUCAACUGCUGUCACCUACUCUGUGUAAAUAGAAGGAAAGCCAAAAGAAUAUAAACCUUCAACUGGACUGUCUUCCUUUAGAUUCAGAUGCCAGACUGAAUUCAAGUUGCAUUUGUUCGUAAGUGUUGGCCUUUUUAACUUUUUGUUUUGUUUACAUUAUUUAUUUUUAUUUUUGGUGGACCUGCUAUAAAAGGGCUAUAUAGUCCAGUACAGUAUAAUAUUCCAAUGCGUAAUAGUUUAGGAGGCAAGGUAUUAUCAGAUAUUGGCCAGUGCAUGACCAAUGCUCAUUUAGUAAACACUGUUAGUCCUUUAUAAUCCAAAGUGCAACCAUUUUAUUGAUUAAUUUCAUUGACUUGCAAAACCCCAAAAACUUUUGAACGGGAGUGUAUUUAUUUUAAAACGUAUUUUUAAUGUGAGCCCUUUAUGACUUACAAUUGUUACAUACAAUUAAGUGUAUUGUAUAUAUCUCUAUAAACAAAUGCAUAUUUAUUUAAAAGCAUGUGGAAUGGAUUCUGUGUAUACAGUACUUACAGUAUUUAGGAAUUGUUCGUUUUUGUUCUUUUCUGCAGGUUUCUUGAUAUUUGUUUUGCAGAAUUUCUUAACCUAAUCAAAGUCAUUUCAGAUAUUUGGAAAUAGUAGAUGUGUAUUUCUGCUGCUGUCUUAGACACAUUUCUCAUUUCCUUUUACGUAUUUCUUUCUUUCUUUCUUCCCUUCUGUUUGGAGUGUGUGUGUAUGUAUGCUUGCUUACUACCAAAACCAGGACUGUAUUUUGCAUGUUGCCAAUAAAAAAGUUUUUUCCCA